AUGCGCCAUUUCCACCCGCAAAACUGGCGUUGCCACUUCACCGAGCUAUACCAUCAAUAUUCCCUUUUUCACUACGAGGAUCAGGAUCUCGUGGAUCGAUUGGGGCAAUGGCUAGAAGAUGCCGGUGUUCCACCCGACUUGCUCCACUUCGCGCUUCGCGGUCUUGCCGCGACGCGUGGCCCCCAUUCGACGCACGACCACCCUCAACGCCAAGCCGUUCACCACCAGCUGACCGGAAAUUCGACAAUUUUCCGGCGUGAGGGCCUUUCAGCCUCACAGAUCAAAAACAAGCCGCAAAUGCACUAUGCUACCGACAAUUCCCGUAGGAAUCACUGCUGGUUGGACAAAAUUUCGGAUAACAGCAAGAGUGCCGCAAGGAUCUCCGGCACCGUUGAUAUCGUCGAAAUCCCGAUUUUCCAGAUCCGCUACGUGGCCGCGACGUCGAUCACCGAUUUCCCCUUGAAAAUUGUCAGCAAGCGUGUGGAGAAGUUCGGCUGGGUGGCAAAGGUCUACCUGACGCGUCACCUGAAAAAAGGAGACCCGACGCCCUUCGCAUUCUAUCUGAAUGCAUACGAUAGAGAGGGAAUAUCAUUGGCCACAACUCACAUUGAAAUAUCCAUCGAGAAUGCCGACAACCAGGGGAUAAUGCCGACAUUUGAAGAGAAGAAAUGCCGACACAGGAUGGAGGAACCACCAUAUGCACACACCAAUAUAUUUCAAGUGAUGGCAAGCAGUGACGCCGGCGGGGCGAUCAUCUUCCGGGUUGAGCCGGAGGGUUCACCAUUUGAUGUGGGACCCUUGAAUAGAGAUGUCUACACAAAAAACACCCUCGUCAAGGGCAAGGACUACAGCUUCGACGUCGUCGCCAGCGACCGGAAUGGAGGGGAGUCGCGCCUUCCCUGUACCGUCGAAAUCGGAGCGCCAACGCGAAGCCGUCGCACCCUCGAAAAAGAAAUUGUCAUUCGAGUGCCGGAGGAUCGACCGCUUGGAUAUUUGGAUACGAAAAUCCACGUGAAAUCCACUGAAAAGCUACUCUCCGCUCCGCUGGUUCGCGACGUCUUUACCGUAUGGCAAAACGGGAAGAUCGAGUUGACAAAGGCGCUCAACUACGAGAGACAACGCGAACACUCCACUAUUGUCGUCUUGCAGGGUCACCGUACCGAGCGUGAAGUACUUGUCCGUCUCGUCGUCGAGGAUGUUGAUGAGCAACCCUCCUUCAUCAAUGGCCCAAAGCCAUAUCUGGCUGUUGUCCCACUCGAACGGCCGGUCGGAUUCCAUAUCUAUAAGUUCGACGCCCGGGACGAGUUCGGGGACGGCGAUUCCGACGUCGAGUACAAGCUGAUCAACACCGAACCCCCCGACGCCUUUACGGUGGACGAAAAAACCGGCGUGGUUCGUACGGGCCAGAAGAAGUACGACGAGGGCAAGACGUACAGGGCCUAUCUACAGGCCGUCGACAGAACUCCAAGGAGGGCAAAUGAGACACAGGUGUCCGAGGUGGCCGUGCUGGAAGUACUUGCCGGCGACCGCCCGCCACAAUUUGCCAAGCCACAGUAUGCCGUGUCGUUGGCAGAGGAUGCGCAGAUCGACUAUAGCGUUGUCGACACGGGUAUUGUGCACCUCCGGAAAUUGCUCGACCACGACGACCCGGCACAGCCAAGGGAACAUCGGUUGAUUGUAGCCGCCCAAGAAGACGGAAAAGAAUCCACCGUACCCCUCGAUAUCCGAAUCACCGACGUCAACGACAAUUCCCCCGUUUUUAGUCGUCCCCUGUACACAGCCCAGGUCAAGGAAGACAUCCCAGCCGGAACUGUCAUUUUGAAAGUUCGCGCUGAGGACAAGGAUUCGGAGGCAAACGCCAAGAUUCGAUUCCACAUUGAUGAUGGGAAUUUCAUAAUAAAUGAUGAGGGGGAGAUAUCGCCAAAGGUGCGUCUAGACGCCGAUCAGCACAAAGAGCGCUUCUUCAUCUACCGUUUCGAGGUGACGGCUGAGGAUUCUGGCAGUGCGCCCAGAAAAUCGGCCGCUACGGUGCACAUCCGUACGGAGAAUACAAAUGACGAGGCGCCAAUCUUCCUGCCGACCUCUCAAUAUACGGCAUGGGUAGCUGAAGAUGCCGAAGGAGGGACACCCGUCGUGCAAAUACAGGCCCGUGACCCAGACCGGGACCAGGUGGAGUACGCGCUUGUACGUGAUGACGGUGAUGAGGUGCUAGAGACGAGACUUUUCCAUAUUGAUCGGGAUACCGGUCUCAUCAAGCUUCGUUCGGGCGUGCGAGCAGAAGAUCUCCUCCUCGAGCCAUCCCCUCACAAUCUGACGAUCCGUGCAAAGGAUGAUGGCAGUUGUUGUGAUGGGGCGAGUCCGACUCAUAUCGCCAUGGCCACUGUACUUAUUGGAAUCGAAGACGUCAACAACAAUAAACCGGAAUUCCGGGACUGCGAGCGAUACAGUAAGGUGGCCAAGAUCAAGGAGGGCGUCUAUAAGAAGCAUCCGCCAACCGUCAUCAAGGUCGAGGCUGUCGACGAGGAUUCUUCGGCUAAUGGCCAAAUCUUCUACUCGCUCUACUACGCUCAAUCUGAAUCGAGAAAGCCGUUCAUCAUCGACAAACAGACCGGCGAGUUGAAGCCGUCACCCCAUGUCAUUUUCGACCGAGAGACAAGGCCUAGGGAGGAGGCAACCGACCGCGGCGAGCGUCCCCUGAUUGGUUUCUGUCAAUUCACGGUGGAUGUCGUUGACGUGAAUGAUAAUUCUCCACAAUUCGAUCGGGCAUCUUAUGAGACUUCUGUUAGCAGGAGUGAGGCUAUCGGAACGUCCGUGGUUACGGUAUUCGCGUAUGAUCAAGACGCUCCUCACAACGCCCGCAUCACCUACCAUCUCGCCGCCGAUCCGACGGCCGGACCUGAGUUUUUAAAAGACAUCAGCUACUUCGAGCUGUUGAACGUCAACUCGGGCGAGGUGACCCUCGUCCGCCCCAUCCCGCGUGAUCAUCACAAGGAUCGCUUCCAGUUCAAUGUGAUCGCCACCGACAACGGCGUGCCCGAACCACAGAAUUCCACCGUACAGGUGACGAUCAAAAUCCACGAAAAAGCGCAGCACGCGCCGCGCUGGCAGUCGAGUCCGGAUUGUCGCGAUGUGGUGACGGUGGCCGAGAAUAGCGUGCUUAACAAAGUGUUGCUACGCUGUCACGCCGUUGCCGGCGACGGAUCGGGCAGUUCGAUUGUGUACAAGCUGACCGCCACCGAUCCGUCACGCGGCGUCAAAGCCGACGCGAAGUUUAGGCAGUUCAGCCGGAUUGAGGAUGGGCGGGAGUGGGUAGAGGUGGCCAUCAUGGAGACGCUGGACUACGAGCAGGCCCAUAAUUACACCCUCACCCUCACCGCUACGGACGUCAACUCGCAAGUGUCGACGUCCCGUUCGCUGGCCGUACUCGUCGAAGACGCGAACGACGGUGUGCCCCAGUUCACCGUCGAUCUGUUCACGGGAACUGUCGACGAGGAGCUGACACCGGCCGAGUACUUGGACAAGUAUGAGCAUCGGCCGAUCACGGUUCACUACCGCAUCCUGGACGUGCCGGAUGCGUCGGCGUCUCGGCUGUUCCGUAUCGACGAGGUCACCGGCGAGGUCUUCCCCAACGCAAAAUUCGAUCGCGAGCAAAAGGACAUGUACAUUUUGACGGUCGAGGCGCGGGACAACGCUCCAUCCAGUCUGCCCGGGGUUUCCGGUCCGAAUAAGGACAACGUGAAAGUGCAAAUCGUUAUUGGCGACGUCAACGACAACGCGCCGACGUUUGACGAGCCGAAAUACACCGGCAGGGUGCUCGAAAACGCGGAGCCCGGCCACGAGAUCAUCACCGUCAAGGCGCACGACCUCGACAAGCACUCAAACCUGCGCUAUGAUCUGACGGGUGCGUUUGGAGGGCGUAUCCUCUUCGGCGUGCGCACAGACAGUGGGGCCAUUUUUGUCAAGGAGCCGCUCGACUACGAGACUGAAAGCGUGUACCAGCUGCGUCUGGUCGUGUCCGACGGAAAGCACAACACAUCGACGAGUGUCCAGAUUGUCGUUGAUGAUGUCAAUGACAAUGCGCCUGUAUUUGAUGAACCGGCGUAUAAUACUACCGUACUCGAACAGGAUGCCGAUGUGCCAAAGAUACUGUUCCGUGUUAGGGCUACUGACGCUGAUAAGGAUGAGAAAUCGAGGCGUAUCAUCUAUCGGCUGGAAGGGCAGGGGGCCGGAGAAUUCUUCAGGAUUGGAAGGGAAACCGGGGAGAUCGAACUGUUGAAGGAAUUGGAUAGAGAUCCUCCCCAAGGCGUGCCGGCCUGGAAAUUCAUCGUGCAAGCUGUAGAUGACGAUGGCCGAGGCCUAAUUGGCUAUGCUGACGUCCAGGUGAAAGUGAAGGACAUCAACGACAACGCGCCCAUAUUCCCCGAAAAUCUUCUUGGCACUGUCGAGGAGAAUCGAGUUCCACCUUCGAAUGACGGUGUCUAUAUCAUGGAUGCGAGGGCAAAGGAUUUUGACGAUGCGGCCACCGAGAAUGCACGAUUGGAAUAUUCAAUUUCAGUGAAUAAGGAAAUAGAUGGAGAACCUGUAUUUCGUAUAGAUCCGACUACCGGAAAGAUAUUUGCCAUGCGUCGUCUCGAUCGCGAACUGCCCUCAGAACGUCUCUUCGUCAUCCGCGUCCGGGCCGUCGACAAUGGAAGGCCACAGAUGGAAGGUUUCGGCAACGUGACGAUCCGCGUCGUCGACAAGAACGAUAAUGCUCCAUUCUUCGAAAAAUCCCUCUAUGAGGGUACGGUAGCCGAGACGGCGUCUAUAGGCCACCCCGUACUGUCCGUCAGGGCCCUCGAUGUCGAUGAUGAAGCACUUGACAACGUGUUCACGUACAGUCUCGUAGAUGAGGGCAAUCCCUUCUUCUACAUGUCAACGGACGGGGAUUCGAGUGGGGGCGCUGUCGGGGUCCUGCGCGUUAAGAGACCGUUGGACUACGAGGACCCCGUACAGCGACAGGGCUGGGAAUUGGCGGUUCGAGUAUCUGAUGGAGUACACGAGGCAACGACAACACUACGAAUUGCGCUCGAAGAUCGCAACGACCACGCGCCACAGAUAAAUGGACCGACGGAGAGGACGGUGAAAGAAGAUGCACAGAGAGGGCACUUCAUCGGCACGUACACCGCCAUUGACCCUGAUCAGGGGGAUACGGCAAGGGACUUGGAAGCAAUUUUCUACCUGGCUGGGUGCCAAUUCGACAAGUUUUCGACUCUAAAGGGA